UUCUUCUUGCAGUCCCCGAAUGCGGGACUGCAAUGCAGUCCUUUAAUGAAACGUUACGUUUCAUUAAAAGAGCAAAACGCAACGUUUUAUUAAAUGCAAAGAAACCAAUCCCCAGAGGCAGGCCUCGGCUCCUUUCAGUGUUGUCUCUCAUUCAUUUCAGACCCCUUCAUCACCCAGACCAAGCCAAUCGCGCACGAAGCCCCCCAUCGCGCACGCACACGAACAGCGCCGUCGCCGUGCUGAAGCCCCCCAUCGCGCAACGAACAGCGCUGUCGCCGUGCCCAAGCCCAUCGUGCAGUGCCGUCGCCAUCUCCGUCUACAUCACGCAGCGUGGCCAUCUCCAUCUUGGUGAGGAUUUCCCCGAAUGCGAUUUGAGCGUGAAUUUUUCUGGUCUGAGCGUGAAUCUUGACUUGGUUCUGUUCAUAAUUCUUCUCGUUUUUUAUCUGGAAGGUCAUACUGCGAGUACUUUUUAUGGGCAGAUAUUGAAAUAGAAAAUGAAGGAAAAGUUGUGUGCGAAAGAGAGCGUCGUCUCCAAAAGAGAAAGGAAGAACUCCAAAAAUGGGAGGAAGAACUCCGAAAGAGGGAGGAAGAACUCCGAAAGAGGGAGGAAGAACUCCAACGUGCAAGGGUACAAAUGCAAAAAUUGAAAGAUGACAUCCAAAAUGAUCAGGAUGAGCUUCAUGGUGUAAUGAAAGAUAUUAAUCAUACAAGCAUACGACCCUGCGUGUAUUGGGGACUUGCAAUUCUAAUAUUUUGUUGUUGGAUAGGAUCAAGAACAGUUACAAAUUAGUAGCAGUGUAUAUCAAACUGUGUAAUGUUGUUAAGUAUGUUGUAAUAGAUAUGUUUACAACCUUUAUCAAUAUUGUAAUAUUCAAACCCAUCAGACUUGUGAACAUUAUGAAUGGUUAUGAGAAGUAUUUUUCUU